AUGUCUGAAAAAAUUCACGAAGCUUCGACUAUCAUGGUUUGUAUGCGCAUCGUUGCGAAUUGUCUUAUUUGUAUACUGAUAAUUACCCAACUUGUGUAUGGUUUUAACCCUCAAAUGCAAUUUGUUUGGUACUGGAUAUUAGUCGCAGCUAUAACGACGGUCUACACAACAAUUUUAGUACUUUGUAUUGUGGGUAUGGGUCGUAAAUUCUAUCAAAAGAUGAAAUGGAAGACUUUGACAUUUAAAAUGACAAUAGCAGGACUAGUUAUUUUCAACAUCUUAAAUAUCAUAACAAUGUCUUGCAUAUACGAGGAGAUAAUAAUUAGUCCAAUAAUAAGUUACGAGAUUUUCGUGACGCAAAUGAUUUUUGGAAUGUUGACUACUAUGUCAUCUUUCAUCUAUACAUUCCGACCGUUGAUGAAUCUUCACACGAAUCCGCAAAUGAAAGAACGAAAAAUAGGCGGAAAUAAUAUCAACCCAACAAAUAAUAUCAAUCCAACAGAUAAUAUCAAUCCAAUAAAUGCCGCCAUUGGAACUUGGUACUUCACGACACUAUGCACGCUUUCUCUGCUUUACCUAUCGCUCUAUGUUACUUGUCUAUUAACAAAAACCGCGCAUCAGUAUCUAACGAUUACAAUUGCGAUAGAUUCGAUUCUGAGAAGUGCAUUUACCCUUGUGCUGGCUUCUGCAACACCGAAAAAGUUUAUCGAUCGUUUGAAAUCGUUUGUGAAUCGUGGAAAGACAAGCAGGGAACGGACAGUAUAUGGCGCUGGUAUUGAUAGCAUCACAGAAAAUAACCUAUUAAAAGAGUUAGCAUAA